AUGAGUUCUCGGUUUGCAAGAAGUAAUGUCAACUCCAACCACAUCAGGAAGAGAAAUCAUUCUCCAGACCCAAUAGGAAUUGAUAAUUAUAAAAGAAAAAGACUAAUCAUAGACUUAGAAAACUUAUCACUGAACGAAAAAGGUCCCAAGAGCACAUAUUCAGAUGAUAGCAAUCUCAUUCAUAGCAAUAUAGCGUUGUCAGAUGACAUCCAUGAUAAAGCGCUGAAAGAGAUUAUCAAGUACUCCACAGGCAAAAAUCACGAUAGUGGGUCAAUCUAUGACAGAAUUUGGGAACGUUUGAGAGAGGAAAAAUUGCAAGUUAUAAAAUGGGCAGAUUAUAAAAAGGUUGCUUACUUAAACUGGUGGAUGUGGUUCCAGGAUCAAUUUGCUACCAAAUGCACUUAUGAUGGGGAGACCGACACUGACAUUGAAAUGUUGGCGAUGGAUACUGACGUGGAUAUGGAUGCAUAA